GGGCUAGGGGCGCGUGGGUGGAAGUGAGUGUACGCGCGCCAGGGAACGCGCUGCUGAGGCUUUUAGGAAGGAGGGAGCGCGCACGGGAGAGAGAAAGAAAGCGGCUAACGGGACCGGAGAGACAGAGAGAAGAGGAUGAUUGAAGAGAGCGGCAAAAGGAGGACGAUGGCGGAGAAGCGGCAGCUCUUCAUGGAAAUGAGGGCGCAGAACUUCGAUGUCAUUCGACUGUCCACGUACCGCACGGCCUGUAAGCUGCGAUUUGUGCAGAAACGAUGUAACCUUCACCUGGUCGACAUUUGGAAUAUGAUCGAAGCUUUCCGAGACAACGGCCUUAACACACUGGAUCACAACACAGAGAUAAACGUGUCCCGGCUGGAGACCAUCAUAUCGUCCAUAUACUUCCAGCUGAACAAACGACUCCCUUCUACCCACCAGAUUGGAGUUGAUCAGUCCAUUAGUCUCCUGCUCAACUUCAUGAUCGCUGCUUAUGACAGUGAAGGGCAUGGGAAGCUGACGGUGUUUUCAGUGAAAGCAAUCUUAUCAAGCAUGUGCGGCGGCAAGAUCCUGGACAAGCUCAGAUAUAUUUUCUCCCAGGUGUCGGACUCCACGGGGCUCAUGGUUUAUGCAAAGUUCGACCAGUUCCUCCGAGAGGUGCUCAAGCUUCCCACGACUGUGUUUGAGGGGCCCUCCUUUGGGUACACAGAGCACUCCGCCCGCACCUGUUUCCCCCCACAGAAGAAGAUUGCGCUGAACAUGUUUUUAGACACAAUAAUGGCCGAUCCUCCUCCCCAGUGCCUUGUAUGGUUACCUCUCAUGCACAGACUCGCCCACGUAGAAAAUGUCUUCCAUCCGGUGGAGUGCUCUUUUUGCCGCUCUGAGAGUAUGAUGGGCUUUCGAUAUCGAUGCCAGCAGUGCCACAACUACCAGCUUUGCCAGAACUGCUUUUGGAGAGGUCACGCCAACGGUCCCCAUAGCAAUCAGCAUCAAAUGAAGGAGCAUUCGUCGUGGAAAUCCCCAGCAAAAAAGUUAAGUCACGCAAUCAGUAAAUCGUUUGGCUGUGUCCCAAGCAGAGAGCCGUCUCACCCCUUAUUCCCCGAGCACCCGGAGAAGCCACUUGACUUGACUCAUGUUGUCCCGGCUCGUCACUUACCCAACAUGAAUGAUGCCAUGGUCACUCACAUAUCUUCUGGUGCUCCCACGCCCACAAAAAGGUUACACAACAGCGCAGACACCACAAGUCGAGUACCAGAUGAACAUGCGUUGAUAGCAGAGUAUGUGGCACGGCUCCGCUUUGGCACACGUGUGUUGGACAGUCCCAGUCGACUAGAUGAAGAACAUCGGUUGAUUGCAAGAUAUGCAGCACGGUUAGCAGCAGAAGCUGGGAAUUCGCCACGUCCACCAACUGAGCUCAGCUUUAAUUUUGAUGCAAAUAAGCAACAACGGCAACUCAUCGCCGAGCUGGAGAACAAGAACAGGGAAAUACUGCAAGAGAUCCAGCGCCUAAGGUUAGAGCAUGAACAGGCCUCCCAGCCAACACCAGAGAAGGCCCAACAGAACCCAACUCUUCUGGCAGAGCUACGGCUUCUGCGGCAACGGAAGGACGAGCUGGAACAGAGGAUGUCUGCGCUGCAGGAGAGCCGGCGAGAGCUUAUGGUUCAGCUGGAAGGACUUAUGAAGCUGCUAAAGGAGGAGGAACAAAAACAGUCAGCACAAGCCACUGGAUCUCCUCACUCCUCCCCAAGCCACGGUGCCAAUCGGCCCAUGCCCAUGCCCGUCAGAUCCACCUCGGCCGGCUCCACCCCCACGCAUGGACCUCAGGAUUCAUUGGUUGGCUUGGGAGAAGUACAGGAUGCCUUCGCACAUGGUACCAGGAGGAACCUCCGAAACGAUUUAUUGGUAGCGGCCGACUCCAUCACUAACACAAUGUCCUCGCUGGUAAAGGAACUGCACUCAGCGGAGGAAGUUGGGGAUGACGAGGAAGAAAAGAUCCAAAAUGGGAAAGAUCGUGGCACAGUGACUUCCAAAAUCCCCAUGUACUUCUGAGCAACCAUUCCAACUGCUAUCUUCUCCAUCCAGCAGAGAUGUGACUUGAACACGGUGGAGUCAACGAGGGAGACCCGGACUCCGACACAAGGGCACAGACAUUAUACCUUUGUUAGUGCAUGUUGGGUUCUCCGUAUGACAUCCAGCCAUUGUGAUUGGGCCAGUUGCUACCAUGCCCAUGAAGAAGCUCGAGAGAGAAACGUGUGUGUUUGUGAAACACGCACCAGAAUUAGUGAGUGUGAGUGUGUGCUUGUGAAUCUCAAGGAGUGAGUGAGUUUGUGCGACUGGUGAGGCUUUUGUAAUGUUGAACAGACACUGCUGCAUCUGACUAUUUAAUUUAUUCAUUCCGUCCAUGAACGAGAGGCCCGGGACACUGUGAGGCUCAGGCUGUGUCAGGCCCCUAUAGCACUGGAGACGAUAUUAAUAAGCUAAUCCAUUCAUGCUUGAACGCCAGGUUCCCCACCAACACUUCAUUGUCCAUGUGAUGUUCAGGUACUAUCUCCAUGUAGGCUGAGCAUUUACAGAUUAGACCUAGAUUGGCCGACGCCCUCAAACAAAAUAAUCCAAUAAAUGUAUGAUACCAUUCCAA